AUUGAUGAGCGACUCAAAAAUAUCGAUCCGCAAAUGAUAGAGACAAUCAGAAAUGAGAUUAUGGAUCAUCUUCCUCAAGUAUCAUGGGAUGAUAUUGCAGGCUUGGAACAUGCCAAGAAAUCUAUUCAGGAAAUUGUUGUAUGGCCUAUGCUAAGACCCGAUAUUUUUACUGGGCUUCGUAAACCUCCCAAAGGCUUGUUGCUUUUUGGUCCUCCAGGAACAGGCAAAACAAUGAUUGGUAAAUGCAUUGCCAGUCAAGCCAAAGCAACUUUUUUCAACAUCAGCUCUUCUUCACUCACUUCAAAAUGGGUGGGCGAUGGCGAAAAAAUGGUUCGAGCACUGUUUGCUGUUGCUCGUGUUCACCAGCCUAGUGUGAUUUUUGUCGAUGAAAUCGAUUCUCUACUGACACAAAGAAGUGAAGGAGAAAUCGAAUCCACCCGACGGAUUAAAACUGAAUUUUUGGUUCAAUUUGAUGGAUGCGGAACAGAUGGGGACGAUCGUAUUUUAAUGAUUGGUGCAACUAACCGACCUCAAGAGAUUGACGAAGCAGCACGUCGUCGAUUUCGCAAGAAAUUGUAUAUUCCGCUACCAGACGGAUCGGCUCGAGAAAAGAUUAUGGAAACAUUGAUGUGCAAACAGGUUCAUGCACUCACACCCGAGAUGAUUCAAGAUAUUGUCACACGAACAGACGGAUACAGUGGUUCAGAUAUGGAUGGCUUGAUUCGUGAAGCUGCGUUAGGCCCAAUUCGGGAUAUUAAGGAUAUUGCAUCGAUAAAUGCGGAUGAUGUAAGACCAAUGCUACACCAAGAUUUUCUGUGUGCUCUUACUCAGGUGCGGGCAAGUGUAUCAGAAAAGGAUCUAGAGUUUUAUAUCGGAUUCGAUAAAGAAUAUGGAAGCAGCUCCUUCCAGAAAAGUUGA